AUGGGCCGCUGGGUAGCUUCACCAAACAAGCGCCAGCAGACAUGGCAGCAGGCGUCACGUGCGCUCCGCAAGUACGCGUCGUUCAUAGGCCCCGGCAUCAUGGUGUCCGUGGCCUACAUGGACCCCGGCAACUACCUGACGGCCGUGGCGCUGGGCGCCGACUACAAAUACUCGCUUUUGGUGGUGGUGUUCAUGAGCAACGUGUUUGCCGUGAUCCUCCAGUGCCUCUGUGUGAAGUUGGGCUCGGUCACGGGCUUGGACUUGGCGGAAAUGUGCCGCUUGACGUUCCCCUGGUGGCUCAAUCUCGGCAUGUACGUGUGCGCCGAGUUUGCCAUAGUGGCCACGGACUUGGCCGAGGUCGUGGGCACGGCCAUUGCGCUCGAGAUUCUCUUUGGCAUCCCGCUCGUCGCCGGCACGUUCAUCACUGUUUUGGACGUGCUCUGCGUGCUCUUGGCCUACCACAAGGACGGCUCCAUGCGCCAGAUCCGGCUCUUUGAAAUCGCCGUCACGUGCUUGGUGGCCGCCACCUGCGUGUGUUUUGCCUGGGAGCUCUUCAGCGUGGACUUUGCGCCGGGCUCGGCGCGCCAGAUCGUGCGCGGCUUCUUGCCGGUGGACGGCGUGCUCUUCCGCGAGUCCAACGCGCUUUUCCUCAGCUGCGGCAUUGUGGGCAGCACCGUGAUGCCCCACUCGCUUUUCCUCGGCUCGUCCAUAGUCCAGUCGCGUUUGAAAGACUACGACCAGCUAGAAGACGGCCAGCAGCUAGAAGAUCACCGGCAGCAGGCCGAGCUCAGCGGCCCGCUUCCCGUAUCACAUAGCAAGUUGCGCCAGUUCUCGGACGGCAGGCUGCUUGCACGCAAGUACAAGCCGUCGUACGCGGCCAUCAAGCACUGCUUGAACUUCUCGUACACGGAGCUCGUGCUCUCGUUGUUCCUCAUCGCCGUGUUCGUCAACUCGGCCAUCUUGAUCGUGGCGGGCGCCACGUUGUACGGCAAGCCCGACGCGGACAACGCGGACCUCUUGUCCAUCUACGAGUUGCUCUCCCACUACAUCUCGCCCGCCGCCGGGCUUGUGUUCGCCUUGUCCAUGCUCUUCUCGGGCCAGAGCGCGGGGAUCGUGUGCACCAUGGCCGGCCAGAUUGUGUCCGAGGGCUUCAUCAACUGGUCCUUCAAGCCCUGGGUGCGCCGGCUCGUCACGCGCGUGCUCGCCAUCGUGCCCGUGGUCAUCUUCAUCUCGGUCAUGGGCCGCGAGGGCGUGUCGACCAUCAUGAACUUGUCGCAAGUUGUGCUCAGCUUUAUUCUCCCUGUGGUCAGCGCGCCGCUCAUCUACUUCACGGCCACGCGCAAGUACAUGACGGUGUACGAGCCGAACGACCCGGUGGCGACACAGAACGGCUCCACGGACGAGACGUCGGCCUUGAUCGCACGCCAGGUGUCCAGACGCUACUACACCUCGGAGCCCGAGCUCCUGGACAAUCUCCGCAGACACACGUUCGAGAACGGCUUCUGGCUCAACGCUGUGGCCAUCGCCACGUGGGUCACCAUCACGUUCUUGAACUUGUACUUAAUCUACCUCUUCUCAAUCGGAGUGGAUGUCUGA